AUAUAAAAAAUAUCAAAAUUGACAUAUGGAAUCAAAAUCAUAGUUUUUCAUGGUGGUGCCUCCCCUUAAAAUAAAUAAUGAUUGUAAAAUAAAUAUUGUACAUACAUACAUUAAUGGGAGACCUAGAGUUUGCCAGUUUGAAUGAAUGACUUAUAGACAGUACUUUGCAUGUGUGAGUAACUUGCCAUUUUUUUGUAGAUUGAAAACAGGUUUUUCAUCAGAUAAAUUUCAUAUCAGGUCCUACAUUAAUUGAAAGUGAAAGUCAGGACCUAACCAGCCAGCCAGCUCAUCUGCUGUUCAUUUUAAGAGAAACACUGACCACAGAGGGAUCAGCUGAUAGGGACCUGAGGAGAAAAGGGCCAAACUAACCACAAUAGCAAGGUACAAUUUACAAUUUAUAUUAUUACUUUUAAAUCUCAAGUUUCUCAGAGAAAUUGCAGGUGGAUAUCUAACAGCAGUAAGAUUAUGUUACAGUUGUAUAGCUUGCUACCCAGUGACAUUCGGUUGUGAAUUUCUUAAUUGUUGUGAACUGCUGUCAUUGUUUUAAUAAAAAAAAUAGUAAUCAGAUUCCCACCUGGCAGUCAAACUACUUCUGGAAGAAAAUCGCUCAAUCUACAGUUUUUCAUCAGAUAAAUUUCAUAUCACGUCCUGUAUUAAUUGAAAGUGAAAGUCAGGACCUAACCAGCCAGCCAGCUCAUCUGCUGUUCAUUUGGAGAGAAACACUGACCACAGAGGGAUCAGCUGAUAGGGACCUGAGGAGAAAAGGGUCAAACUAACCACGAUAGCAAGCAAUCAGAUUCCCACCUGGCAGUCAAACUACUUCUGGUAGAAAAUGGCUCAAUCUACAUAAAGCAUCAUGGGAAAUGCAAAAACUAUCCUGAGGCAGCGUGGAUACAUCCCGCUUGAAGACAUUGAGCAGGGAGCUUUUGGUAAGACUCUGCGGGUCAAGAAAGAGAAAGAUGGAAAGGAAUACAUAAUAAAAGGGCUCCAUAACUCAGAUUCUGUGAUGCGUGAAGUGGCUGUGCUGCAAGGUUUAAAACACCCAUUCAUUGUUGAGUACCUGGAGCAUUUUGAAGAUGAGAUGAAUGUGUACAUAGUGAUGGAGUAUUGUGAGGGUGGGGAUCUUUCUAAGCAAAUUGAAAAGCAGAAAGAUACUGGUGAAUAUUUCCCAGAAGAUCAGAUCCUGGCCUGGUUUGUGGAGAUCUGCUUGGCUGUGGAGUAUGUGCAUGAGAAGAAAAUUCUGCACAGAGACAUCAAGCCAGAGAACAUUUUCUUGGACAAAAAUGGGUGGAUUCGCUUGGGAGACUUUGGACUGGCAAAGCCCCUUGAAAGAUCUUCAGGCUAUGCAAGAACAGUUGUGGGAACAUUUUGUUACCGGAGUCCAGAAAGAAUUGAGGAAGAACCAUACAGCAGUAAAAGUGACGUUUGGGCUUUGGGGUGUGUACUCUAUGAACUGUGCGAGCUUAAGCAUGCGUUUCCAGAAGAAAAUUUGCGAAAACUCUUCAAUAAAAUUGCGGAUGGGCCCUACCCCUCCAUCUCUGAACCAUUCUCCACUGAUCUACGGGACCUUGUGAGGGAUCUGCUUCAGAAGAAUCCAGCGGAUCGACCCUCUGCCAGUGAUAUACUGGGGGGACCCUUCCUUCUAGGGAUCCUUAUCCAAAAGACCAAGGGAAUCCCGGAAGAGCUGCAGCAGAAACUGAAAGAGCUGGAUGGAGUGGCAGAUGGUUUAGAGCGCGUGCACUUUGGCACCACCGUGGGCAGUCUGACUGGAGGGGUGAUAGGUGCUGCGGGGGGGAUCGCCACCAUAGUGGGGGUUUCCCUCGCCCCUGUCACUUUAGGGGCUUCUCUGAUUGUGACAGGGGUGGGAAUUGGGGUUGCUGCAGCUGGGGGGGUAACAGGAGCUGCUUCUAAUGUCACCAAAAUGGUGAAUGAGCACACAGACCGCCGCACCAUAGAGAAUAUUAUACAUGAAUGUGAGGCGAAGAUGCAGCUUCUGGUCACAUGCCUCCAGAGCAUUGACAAGGGUUUUGAGCAUUUGGACCAGAGCAGAACCCUCAAUGUAGCAGGUGCCACUCGGGUAGUGAGGAGCAUUGGGGGUUUAGCUAAACUGGCCCCUGCAGUUCAGGCGUUCAAUGCAGCAUCACAAGCUGUCAGACUCGCACAGGCAGCAGAGGUGGUCACCGGGGUGUUCGCAGGUCUCUUUCUAGCUCUUGACAUCUACUUCAUUGUUGAUGAUUCCAGGGAGAUACAUGCCAUGAGACAGCAAGGCUCAAAUAAUUACACAAAGAUGGAGGAGGAGUCAGAGGAACCCCCUGAUGAAGCCUCUGCAGGCCCACAGGCCAGCAGUGCUGCCAUGACACAGGAAGGCUCUAGUGCAUCAAAUGAAGGCACCAAAAUGGAGGAUUCUGAGAAAUCCUCUGAUGAAGCCUCUGCAGGCCCAAAGGCUGGCAGCGCUGAGGGAAAAAAAGCAUUAAAAACCAGGGAGUUCAUUAUGAAGAUCAGGGAGGUGUCUGCUGUGCUUCAGAAAUGGCUGGAAGGUCUUGAGUCUGUAUACUCUAUCAUCACAGAGUUAGAAGAAGCUUACAUGUCUUUCUGAAUGUUAUUGGCCUUAAGGGGGAAUUGCACUUUAUAACACCUGCUUCUCAUGACUGAUAUUGUCCUUCUAAUGAAUGUGUCGCCCUUCAUUUUUCGAUUAGUUAUUUCAUUAUGUUAAUAUUUUUUACGCUGUUUUGUUGUUUUCCUUUACCAAUGCAGGAAGUAGACCCAGGCAGUUUAGUGUCGAACUCGAGGAUGCAUAUCAUUGCGAGACUUCUGAUAUAGGCGUAGGCUACCUGAAGACAAUAACAUUAGGUUGGUCGUAGAAAUAGUGUUAUCUUACUACUAGCUGGCGAAACCGAAAAUGUCUGAGGAGGAAAUAAAUGGAUGGUGGCAAUGUCAUAACAGCCAGCAAGCUGUCUAACUGUUACCGUAGACAUCAUAUGUAUCACAGACAAACGCGAUAGCGUUAGCCAGCCCGCUUAGUACCUACCUGUAGCGGUUCGACCAACGAUGGGAGAACGGUGGGUACAGCUCCAGGCUUCAGACGGUCGCCUUGGUAAUCGGUGGCUUGAAAGUGGUCGCUGCAUUAAGUCCAUUACGCAUUAAGUUUUUAAGUCCUCGUUUGCGAACUUCUUCGGCUGUUAUUUUGGGGUGUCUGAUUACAUCCAGCCAUGUCUGGCACAAAGCUGCAUCGUGUGGAAAACUAUGAACAUGUGCUUUCAAGGCAAGUUUAACGGGGGCAUUAUAACAACCGGGUACAAUGCACCUCAUUAUUACACCGACAUCACAUCAAACAAAAGAACGUUAGUUUGUUCGAUUUCAACGCUAAGUUAACAAAACGAUAUUGAAGAAGAAAAAACCGGAAACCAUACUACUAUGUGGGCUUGCACUAAAAAAAAAAGGUCUUUCUUUCUCACAUUAGACAUUUAAAAUGAAAUAACUAAUCAAAAAAUGAAGGACAACACAUUCAUUAGAAGGACAAUAUCAGUCAUGAGAAGCAGAAGUGCUAUCAAGUGCAAUUCUCCUUUAAAUGAGGUUUGAAUCCACCUCAGAUAUAGAAUAUAGUCCACAGGGGUCCCCAAAUGAACAGCCUCUGAGAAUAUUAUCCACAGUACUUACUGAGUAGCAGCAAAUCCAGCAGAUGGCAGGAGAGUCCUGUAUGUGUAUGUGUGUGCGUGUGUAUGUGUGUAUGUGUAUGCAGUGGAUUUCGCCCAAACGGGCACCAUGGACAUGAUUUUCACUGUUCGCCGACUCUGAGAAAAAUGCUGGGAACAAAACCAACCACUAUACAUGGCCUUUAUUGACCUCACCAAAGCUUUUGACUCUGAACCGUCAGGCCCUCUGGCUGAUUCUGGGAAAAAUUGGCUGCCCAAACAAGUUCAUCCGAAUACUGAGACUGCUGCAUGACAACAUGUCAGCUACAGUACUCAGUGGCAAUGGAGAUGAAACGGAACCCUUCAGGGUAGACACUGGAGCCAAGCAGGGUUGCGUCAUUGCUCCUACCCUGUUCUCUGCAUUCAUCGCUGCCAUCCUCCACCUCACGGGUGAGAAUCUGUCUCAGGGUGUAAGAAUCACAUACAGAACAGACAGACAACUUCUUAAUAUCAACAGAUUCAGGGCAAAAAGCAAAACCACCACCACAUCCAUCAUAGAGCUGCAGGUAUGCCCUUGUGGCCCUUUCAGAGGAGAACCUACAGUGCAUUUGGGAUGCGUUCGCCAAGGCAUACAAGCAAAUUGGUCUGGCCAUUAACAUAAAAAAGCCUCAGAUCCUCUACCAGCCAUUACCUGGGAGAAACACUCCUGCUCUACCCCCAGCCACCACCUGGGAGAAACACUCCUGCUCUACCCUCAGCCAUAUCCGUGCCACCACCUGGGAGAAACACUCCUGCUCUACCCCCAGCCACCACCUGGGAGAAACACUCCUGCUCUAGCCCCAGCCAUAUCCGGGAGAAACACUCCUGCUCUACCCCCAGCCAUAUCCGGGAGAAACACUCCUGCUCUACCCCCAGCCAUAUCCACUGAGGACACCAGACUUGAAAACGUGGAUCACUUUCUUUACCUCGGCAGCCUUCUAUCCUCCAAAGCUGAUAUUGACAAAGAAAUCCACCACCGCCUCAGCUGUGCCAGCAGAGCCUUCUCAAGACUGAGAAAAAGGGUCUUUGAAAACCGCGACCUCCAGGCCAGGACUAAAGUCCUGGUCUACAAAGCGGUAGUGCUGCCCACUCUAAUGUAUGGGUCAGAAACUUGGACCAUAUACAGCAGGCACCUGAAGGCACUAGAGGCACAUCAGCAGAUCCUUAAGAUCAGCUGGGAGGACAGACACACCAACACCAGCGUCCUGGAGGAGGCCAACAUCCCCACCAUAACUGCCACCAUCGCCCAACACCAGUUCAGAUGGACUGGCCAUGUUAUCCGCAUGCCUGACUCACGCCUGCCGAAACAAGUCCUAUACUCCCAGCUCCUUGUAGGACGACGUGCCCCAGAAGGUCAGAAGAAAAGGUACAAGGAUAACAUCAAAGCAAACAUCAAAAAGUGCCACAUAGACCCUCACACCUGGGAGGACACAGCAACCAACAGGGAGACCUGGAGAAAUAUAGUCUGUAAAGGAGCUGCACUCUAUGACAACGACCUCCGCUGUGCUGCACAAGACAAGCACAGACUCAGAAAGGAGAGAUCUUCCACCAAAAAGGCCCCAACUACACGCACAACUACCACUCACCCCUGCCCACACUGCACCAAAAUAUGUGGUUCCAGGAUCGGCCUCUUCGCCCACCUGAAGACCCACAAGGACCCUGAAGGAGGACAGUCAUUCUCGACCCCGAGUGAUCGCCGAUGAUGAUGGUGUGUGUGUGUGUGUGUGCGCGCACGCGUGUGUAUCUAUGUGAGUGUGCGUGUGUAUGAGUGUGAGUGUGUUUGUUGGUAUGAGCUGAGGUUGGAUUAGGUAGAAGCUCGUUGUGGGGGGAUUUUAGAGAAAAGGUGUUCCAGAGUUCAUAUCAGGACAGCUUGAUUAAUUUGUAUGGGUGGGAUGAAUAAAAGAGCUUCAAUAGAUCCUAAA